AUGUCAUCCAAUAAGAGAGUAUCAAGUAGCAAAUUUGGCAUCGAUGGAACAUCCAUUACUUCUGGUAGAUCGAAUUAUUCCGCACCUAAUUCUGCAAGGAGUACAUCUAGCCGAAGCUCGCUCAGUAGCUUUUUUAACUCACAACCAGUAAAAGGGGCUAGAGGGAAGACGAGAAAAACUACAUCAUCUACCAACAAAAGUAAAUCAACUGCAAAAGUUUCCAAUGCACCUUCCAAGAAUAGUCAUACUUCAGAUAGCUUAGAAUCGACAUUUAAACUUUCAAAGAGUAAUGUUCAAAAUAUUCCACACAUAUCCCAUGGACCAUUACAAAAUGUCAUGGAAAAUUCAGCGAUUAAAAUUCAACGUUGGUACCGAAGACAUGCAGCACGUAAUAAAACGAGUAAAGCCGCGGUUCAACGCUUACUGAUGGAGAAAAAGACAGCGAUGGAGCGAAUGAGAGCAGACCCAACAACUGCUUUGCCCACUAGCGAUAUCAUUCAAGCUAAUGAAAUCGAACGAAAGAAAAAGCGAGAAGACAAGGAACGUAAAGCUAGACAGUCAGCUAUUGAAGAUUUACGCAGAAAGAGAGAAGAAAAACGAUUAGAAAAUCAACGAAAAGCUGAAGAAGAAUUGCGAUUUCUAGAAGCAAGCGGGAAAGUCUCCAAACUAAAAUCAAAAACGACACCAAACCACCACCUUCCUAAAUCGAGUAGCCCAAGAAGGUCACAGAAUAAAAGUAGUGACAUUAUAGAAUCUGGAAAUGAAGUAAACAGACCUGGAACUUCAGCAAGUACUUCAAGAAAAGUAGACGAAAUAUUUCAAGAGGGAAUAUCUUCUACAACUUUCGAUCAAGGCGUCUCUUCAACAGUUUCUACUGCAAGAGAGCCAACAGAGAAUUCAACAAGCGCUAGCGCUAAGAAAACAGCACUUGAUGAUCUUAUGGAAACACUAAAGCUGCUCGAGGAGGCUCCUGAAGAGCUAAAACAUCCAAAAGAAGAUACUACUACGCGAUCUAACCUAUCAAACUGGGAUCGUGAUCACUUAGAAGAUGAUGCCGGUGUAGGAAAUUACGAAGAUAAGGCAAGUAUCGAACUGUAUAGUUAUAGAAUUAGUAAAAAUAUCGCAAAAUAG